AUGGCGCAAGCACUAAAGACAAAGGCCAACGAGCUCUUCAAACAAGGCGACUACGUCGGUGCCGAAGACUUAUACUCUCAAGCUAUCCUCAAAGAUCCCCGCGACGCGACUUUCUUCACCAACCGCGCCAUCACACGCAUCAAGCUCGAGAAAUGGGCUGGCGUCGAGCAUGAUGCGCGCGCCGCCAUCGACAUAUACGGCCCCAAGAACACUGCAACCCUCAAGAGCUCCUUCUACCUCUCCCAGGCGCUCCUGGGUCUCCAGCGCCCGCAGGAGGCGUAUGAUGUCGCCGUGGGCGCGUACGAUUUUAGUCUGACGGAGAAGAGUGUGCAGACGGAGAACUUGUCGCGUACUGUUCUGCGGGCGAAGCAGCAGAUUUGGGCGGCCAGGGAAACGGCGAGACUGCGGGAGAUGAACGAGACGCUGAGGGAUGUGGAGGGGCUUGUGGAGAGGGAUUUGGAGCGCUCGAUUGCUGAGUCUAGAGCUCAGCUUGAGGCUGGGGAGAUUGGGGAGAUUGGGUUCGGGGAGGAUUGUAAGGCGCUUCGAGAGGAUGCGGAGAAGGUGGUCAAGGAUGUGCGGGACGCAUUCAGGAUUGCGUCUAAGGGGGAGGUGCAGGAACGUGUUGUGCCUGACUACUUGGUUGAUGGGAUCACUUUCGAGAUCAUGCACGAUCCUGUUAUCACACCGUCUGGUACUAGUUUUGAUCGCAUUGGAAUCGUCAAGUAUGUGGAGAAAGCUGGUGUGGAUCCCCUUACUCGAGUUGCUAUGACUGUCCAGGACCUGCGAACGAACUAUGCUCUCAAGGCGGCCUGUGAAGAGUUUUUGACCAACAACGGGUGGGCAGUAGACUGGUGA